AUUAAGAUUUCAAGCUGGAGCGACUUUUACUUUCGACUUAUUUGUGCGUAUUCCACGUGGUAUAUAGACGGUAGUCAGUGAAGCCCUUCGGAUCUCAGUUAUUGGGUCGUAAACAGUGAGUUCAUUAUUCAGAGGUUUGGAAAUGGCCAAAGAAGAAGAUCUUGAGUAUUCGGACACCAAGAAAAUCACCUUCAACGUCGAGAACGAGGAAAUUGGGGAGAUCAAUAAUCCGCAUCCGACCACCGACAUAGAAAGUAAUGGAGUAACAGUUCGAAUUUACGAAGCUGAUAGCGACCGUGGCAAGUGGGGCAAUCAAAUAGAGUUCAUUCUCGCUGCCAUCGGAUUUGCGGUUGGUCUUGGAAAUGUAUGGCGUUUUCCCUAUCUUUGCCAGAAAAAUGGUGGAGGUGCAUUUUUGAUUCCAUACUUCUUAAGUCUUUUCCUCAUUGGUAUCCCACUGUUCUUCCUUGAGCUUGCCAUUGGCCAGAGUCUGCGACAAGGAUCUGUUGGAGUAUGGAAUGCCAUUCACCCAUACCUUGGGGGUGUUGGUUAUGCCUGUGUUGUUGUCUGUCUACUUGUGGGAAUGUACUACAACAUGGUCAUUUCUUGGUGCUUCUACUAUCUGUUUGCUUCAUUUCAAGACCCUCUACCAUAUUCCACGUGCCCCAGACUGGAUAAUGGCACAUUGCUAGAAGAGUGUAAAGAGGCUGGUCGCACACAGUUUUACUGGUACAGAAAAGCCCUUGAUGUGACUCCAUCCAUUGAGGAAAGUGGUGGUCUUGUUUGGCAUCUUGUCCUUGUGCUGUUAGUGGCUUGGGCUGUAGUGUUCCUGUGUAUGAUGAGAGGUGUUCAGUCAGCAGGAAAGGCUGUGUACUUUACUGCUACAUUCCCUUACAUUGUCCUGACCAUCUUCUUUGGUCGUGGCGUCAGCUUGGAAGGUGCUGGUGCUGGAAUUGCUCACAUGCUGAAACCCCAGUUUUCAAAGCUCGCAAAUCCUCAAGUGUGGCUGGAAGCUGCUACACAAAUUUUCUUUUCUCUAAGUGUGGCCUUUGGAGGACUUAUUGCCAUGUCCAGUUACAAUCCAGUGCACAACAACUGCCACCGCGAUGCUAUUAUGGUCUCAUUGAUCAACUGUGGAACAUCAGUGUUUGCCAGUAUUGUUAUUUUCAGCAUCCUUGGAUUCAAGGCCACUCGUUCUUUCCAUGAUUGUCAAGAGUUUUAUGGAGCCAUAAACAACACUAAUGGAACUGACUUGGUUGCUUUGAAGUGUAAGGACUUGGAAUAUUGGCUUUCAGAGUCUGCAUCUGGCCCUGGUCUGACGUUCAUUGCUUUCACUGAGGCUAUAGUCAAAAUGCCUGCCUCACCCCUCUGGUCUGUGCUGUUCUUCACAAUGUUGCUGACCCUUGGACUUGGCAGCAUGUUUGGAACUCUGGAAGGAGUCAUCACCCCAUUUUACGACAUGAAAAUUGUACCAUGGAGGAAAGAGAUCAUGACUGGUAUCAUCUGCGUCUUCUGUUACAUCACUGGUUUACUGUUUACCCAGCAUUCUGGACAGUACUGGCUCCAGAUGUUUGAUAACUACUGUGCUACACUGCCUCUGCUGUUCAUCGGCCUGUUUGAACUUGUUGGUGUCAGUUACAUCUACACAAUUGAGAGGUUUGAAGAUGACAUACAGUAUAUGAUUGGCUUCAGACCACAUGCAUACUGGAGGAUCUGCUGGCGCUAUGUAUCACCUUUCCUCAUUUCUGUUAUUCUCAUUGCUAGCAUCAUCAAUCUAGCAAUCACACCUAUGACAUAUUCAGCAUGGGAUCCUAAUCUUUCCAAGACAGUGGACUUAAAUUAUCCUGGAUGGGGCUAUGCUGUCAUUGUCCUCCUUAUAUCAACGUCAGUGCUCUUCAUUCCUAUCUUCGCUUUACUGCGUUAUUUUGGGAUCUUGAAGUACAAGAAACCAACCCCUCAACAGGGUGCUGGUGAUGGUGUCCCUCCAGGAUCAAUCACUCCAUCAAUGUCUCGUGUCCCUCUGCCACCCAUGGAAGUACCAUUGUCUGGAACUCGAGAUGAUGAGGAUUGACACUAAGAGCGUGGUAAUUGUGAAGAAGAUCUCCCUAAAAAACACCUGUCACCUGACAGUUGGCUGACAGUCUGUGAGACAGAUAACUGACAGACAGCCAACAGUAGGCCAACUGUCAGCUGACAGUUUUCAGCAGACCUGUUGGGUGACAGUCAGUCAACAGUCAGUAUAAGUGAUUCAAGGUAUACAGAGUAACUUCAACAUUAAAAAGUAUACAUUAAUUACAGUCAAAUUUUUAUUUUUCCUUUUAUUCUUGGGUCUAUCACUACUAUUGGUAACCUGUUGGUUAUCUUUCAGCUGACAAUCAGCUGACAGGGUUUUUCAGGGAGCUCUUCUUUACAAUUACAAAGUUUGUAGUUGCUUUCCCUGCUUAAUUAGCAGUUUUGUAUGGGUAUUGAAACAUUGAUGUAAGGAGGAAGGGUAACACUCAGGUUCACCUACAAAACUGCCAGCUGAGCAAGCAAACUUAAAGCUAAUGUAAAUAAUUUAGCUUUGGGGUUCGAGGGUGAUUUCUCUUCCUUUUUAUCUGUAUAAAGUCAACCAAAAUAUAAAAAGGUGUUGUCCUUGCCUUAAAAUCUAUAGAGUCUUUUACAAAAAUAUUAAAAAUUUAGUUGAUAAAGAUAUUUAGUGGGUGUCAGGUUAAAGUAUAGGGCACAAGUGUAGCUUGCAAAUAAUUAGCAGAGUCAUUUGUAGGAGGUGAUAGAAUUGUUUUGGGUUUUUAAAUGUUAAAGUACAAUCCAAACAAUGAUGCAUGUAUGAACUGCACCCACUGCUUUUUAGGGCUGUACAUGGUCAUGUAUUUACAGGCCUGUCAAUGUGCAUCCUCAGGACUCCAGAAUGCUAGUAUCAGGUCCAAACCUCUCAACUCACCUUACUCAGUUUAAAUGAUAUUUCAAGUGAUAACCUGAGUUGUUGUGAUUUGUGGGUAGUGGAAUUUUUCACUCCAUUAACUUUUGUUGGUGCAUCUUCCGGCAGUUGCACAAAUGGCUAUUGUUUGCAAUAAUUAUUGUUUUCAUCUGUUAUAGUGUAGCGUUUCGUCAGUUAUGUGGAUAGUUUUAACCAGCCAUAUACCUAAUUUUAAUCAUGGUAAAGCGAAUGUCUUUGAACAACAACUUUCUCUAUUGCUCUGAUCUUAAUUUUCAACUUGCCUUUCAUAAGUGAUGCCAUGAUGUCAUGGUUUAGUAUAUCAGGUGCAUUGUCUGCCAACUGCAGGACAGUUGUGAAAUUUUCAACACACGUGUAUGUGAUUUUAGGUAUUUGUGACUUUAUUUGAAACUAAUUAAACCAGAUUGGUCCUGGUGACUUUGCAGAUAAAAUGUUUAUCAUCCUUACACCUGAUAUUCUUGACCAGAAUUGAAAUCUGAAGCCAAACAGAAGAAACUAGCAAAUUCAUUUGAGCUUUGGAGAAAUAACAUAUUUUCUGUGUUAUUGAAUAUUCAAGAUGAAUUAGGGCAACUUUGUGAGGGGAAAUUAUAAAAAGGAAAGUUGGUUCAAAGCAGGGUGGCUUAACUAACCUUCCAUUUACACAGAAUACUUUUUUCUGACAUUGCCUUGUAUAUGAGCUCUCCUUACUGAUCAUGUUUAAAAGAGGUUUGUACCUUUUCUUGUCAUUCUCAAACUUGAUAAGCUCCAUUCAAGCCUUAAAUUACAGAGAUUGUAUGUAUUAGUGUAGGUAUGUGAUACUUUUUUUUCUAUGGAGACAGGUUUUGGCAAUAGUUGAAGUGAACAUACUUAUACUCAACUUGAAGCCUGAAAACACAUCUCAUUCCUAGCACUACUGUUGUAUUACAAGCUGUUAGUAGGCUUGUUUUGCUGUUUUGCUUUGGAAACUAAAAUUUAUCCUCUAGAUAUUGAAUCCAUCCUUCUGUUGUAGUUCACAAAUUACUGUUAACAUGCAAUGAAAAUAUUUCUGUUAAAAUUCAUCCAACUUUCAUCACAAUUUUGCAGAGAACUUUGUCAUGCAGAAAUCUUCAUAUUCAUUGCUUUCAUUCACUAAAUUAAAAAGAGGACCAUUAAGGAAAAUGAUCUAGCACAGUAUACUUUUACAGUACAGUACUUGAUGCAUACAAUUAGAAAAAAUUUAACUUUCAAACUAGAAUGCUGGGACAAAAGUAUGUAAUUUUAAGAAAUGUAGUCCCUAUUGAUGUUUAGCUUCAAACACAAAUAUUUCUAAUUAAAAGGAGCAACUCAUGUAUUUUUUUCCAAAAACAUACCUAAUGUUUGCAUAAUUAAGCACUGAAACAAUCUCUCAUUUAAAUCUUUGGGUUUGUCAGAAAAUUUUUACUUAAUAAUUUCAUUUUCUUUUUAGUAGACAGACAAUAGAUUUGAGGGUAUUCCAGAAUGGUAGAGAAUGGAAACAAGUAAAAUAUAUUAUAGCUACUAUCUUGAUAAGUUGAGGCUCGAGUUUUCAAGAUUGCAAAACGUGACUGGGCUGCUUCAAUUAAAGGCUUGCUGUAAAAUAAUAGCUUGAGUGUGAUGUAAGUUGUAGUAUGAUAACAAUGAUAAUUUGGUAAAGAAUUACUUCAUUGUAUGGGUUAGGAGGAGAUUUUUAACUUUUUAGUACUUUGUUGUCUACAAUCAAUAUCUUGCCUUGAUUUUAGACUUGUCAGUUAUAAUAUUUGUUUAGAUUCAAAUGUAUUCAUAAUUUGAAGACAUUUUUGAGCCAGCUUGAUGUAUUUUAUGGCAAUUUUAACACUUGACUCUUUAUAACGGGAGUCUUAGUAAAAUUAAUGCUACAUUUUUGCAGUUAUUCAGUUAUUGGAAGCUUAUCAGUCAAGUCGACUAGUGUAUAAUGUGAAAUGAAAUAAACUUAUCUUGUUAUCACAGUCAA